AUGAGUGAGAUUGAAGAAGUGAUAAACGAAUUACCUGAUGUUGCUGCAACUGAUGUUAAUUCUGAGAUAGAAUUUCAAAUUAAAGCAAUUAAUGGUCAUGAAGGAUCAGUUAUUACGAAAGGUAAAUACAAAGGUCAAAUUAUGGGUUUGUUUACUAGCGGUGGUGAUGCACCAGGUAUGAAUAGUGCGGUACGCGCAAUCGUUCGAGUUGGUCUUUACUUGGGUGCACGAGUAUUCUGCAUUCAUGAAGGUUAUCAAGGUAUGGUUGAUGGUGGUAAAUUUAUUCGAGAAGCUAACUGGAAUACAGUUUCGGAUAUUAUUCAAAAAGGUGGUACAAUAAUUGGUUCAGCACGUUGCAAAGAUUUUCGUGAACGAGCAGGACGUUUAAAAGCAGCGGAAAAUUUAAUCCGGCAUGGUAUCACAUCAUUGGUAUGUAUUGGUGGUGAUGGUUCAUUAACAGGUGCUAAUACAUUUCGAAAUGAAUGGUCUGGAUUAGUUAAAGAAUUAUUAAAUGCAAAAUUAAUUAGCAAAGAAGAUGCUGAAAAAUGUAAAGCAAUUCGAAUUGUUGGAAUUGUUGGCUCAAUUGAUAAUGAUUUUUGUGGCACUGAUAUGACAAUUGGAACAGAUACUGCAUUACAUCGAAUUACAGAAGCUGUUGAUUCAGUUCGUUCAACUGCUCACAGUCAUCAACGAUGUUUUGUAAUUGAGGUUAUGGGACGUAAUUGUGGUUAUUUAGCAUUAGCUGCAUCAUUAGCAUUGGAUGCUGAUUUUUGUUUCAUUCCGGAAUGGCCACCACCACCUCAUUGGAAAAGUAUUUUAUGCAAAAAAUUAAAACAAAUGCGCGAUGAUGGCAAUCGUGUUAAUAUUGUAAUUGUUGCUGAAGGCGCAAUUGAUCAUAAUGGUACAGCAAUAACAUCAACAAUGAUUCGAGAUGUAAUCAAGAAGAAAAUGAAAUAUGAUACACGGAUAACAAUUCUUGGACAUAUUCAACGUGGUGGUAGUCCAUCGGUAUUUGAUCGUUUGUUAGGUUGUCGAAUGGGCGCAGAAGCGACAAUAGCACUUAUGGAAAUGAAUGCUGAAUCAGAGCCAUGUGUUGUCUCAAUUGAUGGUAAUCAAAUGGUACGUAUACCAUUGAUGAAAUGUGUGGAACGUACAAAAGCUGUUAAAACGGCAAUGGAUAUAAAAGACUGGGCAAUGGCAUUAAAGUUACGUGGACGUAGUUUUCGACGUAACGUUGAAAUGUAUCGAACAUUAUCAAAAAUUCGUAAACAUGAGCCAAUAUCAGAGGGUUUUAAUAUUGCUAUAAUGAAUGUUGGCUCACCUUGUGCUGGCUGUAAUGCAGCUGUGAUGAGUUGUGUACGAACAGCAAUUCUACAUGGUUGUACACCUUACUGUAUUUAUAAUUCGAAUGAAGGCCUAGCAUCAGGACAAUUUCAAAAAAUGGAAUGGAAUGAUGUGACAUUAUGGUCAGCUGAAGGUGGCUCAUUCCUUGGCUCACAACCAAUUCUUCCAACCACUGACACAUUACCAUUAAUGGCAAAAAAUUUACUACAUUUUAACAUUCAUAGUUUAAUUAUAAUUGGUGGUUUUAAUGCAUAUCAAACAUGCUUAAUAUUUGCACAAAAUCGUCAACAUUUUCCACCAUUUCGUAUUCCAAUGUGUGUUUUACCAACAACAAUUAAUAAUAAUGUCCCAGGGACAGGUUUUACACUUGGCGCUGAUACAUCAUUAAAUGAAAUUUGUAAAAUGAUUGAUAAAAUUAAGCAAUCAGCAACUGGUACUAAACGACGAGUAUUUAUUAUUGAAACAAUGGGAAAUUAUUGUGGCUAUUUAGCAACAUUAUCAGCAUUAGCUAGUGGUGCUGAUGCUGCAUACAUUUAUGAAGAAGCAUUUAAUGUCCACGAAUUAAUCAAUGAUAUUAAUAUUAUUGCGGAAAAGAUGAAAACUGGCGCACAACGUUAUCUCAUUGUACGUAAUGAAAAAGCAUCUGAUAAUUAUACAUCGGAAUUUAUACGACAAUUAUUUACCGAAGAAGGUAAAGGUAUUUUUACAACACGUACAAAUAUAUUAGGACAUACACAACAAGGUGGCAAUCCAUCACCAUUUGAUCGACUUUUUGCUGCUAAAAUGGGUGCACGAGCAGUGGUACAUCUUCUUGGACAAAUGAAAGAAUAUAAAAAGACAAAUGUUUAUCAUUCGGGUACAGCAACAUUACAAGGAUUAAUUGGUAAAUAUGUUUGCUUAACACCGGUGGAAGAAUUAAUGAAUGAUGUUGAUUUUGCUCAUCGUUUACCGAUGGAACAAUGGUGGAUGAAAUUACGACCAUUACUACGUAUACUAGCAAAACAUGACUAG